UCUGACUGUAAGCGGCCGGGUCGUUUUGAGGUACAUAUAGCUAGUGUCACACUUUCCCACAGCAGUGAAGGCAGCAUUACGACGGACUGCGUGAGGCGUGUUUGGCUGGGCAAGGACAUACUGGGCUGUAAUGACAUUUGUGUUUGUUGGGGUAGAUCCUGCUGCUGUAGUUGGGAAAGCGUGAGGUGCUGAGGGUACGAUCUCUGUGACUUGAGCUGUCCCACAUAUUUUUGGGUGAUGGUCAGCUGGUGACCGGGGUUACUCUGGCCCCUGUUGUGAAUGGCUGUGAGCAGAGGGGGCAUCGCCUUCUGGGUGGGUUUUGUCUCCAGCCAUGGUAGAAGGCAACCCAUCACAAAACAGAGCUGGAGUCUCAGUCAGGCUGUUGACUGGAAGUGGAUCUGCCAGACACGUCCCCUGACCAGUGCAUCAUGGGCCCUGGCACCUCCCAACAGCUUAAGGUAUCAAAACCUUAAACAGCCAGCUCUGUCCCACCCAUUCCACCAUGCCAGCCAGUCUCAGAGAGGUGGUUACUACAUGGGGGACUGGGUGGAGUCACUCAGCGUUUGUGUGCUGGUGCGACAGGGUGAGUCGGACGGCCUCCACACACUGCUUGAGAUCCCUCUAUCUGGGCACAAUAAACUUGGAGAGCUUCUCGCUCUGGAGGCUCUCAAGUCCUCUGAGUUCUCCUUUCCGUUGACGACAGUGGAUGGCUGCAGAGAGGAUGACAUCAGCGUUGACAGCUUCAACCAAAACAAUGUUGAUGCUGUAAAAAGAGAACAUGGCUGUUUCAGAAGCCUGUUUGAAGCAGAGAGGUGUCCUGCACCAUUCAUGUAUGGCUCACAGUUUUAUUGUUUUCAUUGCCCGGGCACAGAGCCGGUACCUGACAGCGGGCUGAAAUCCAGGCUGGAUAUUGGACUUUACAACAAGCCUGUGGAGCUGCCUCUGCUACCUCCGACUUAUCUGUGUAGCAAUGUAAAGAAAAUGGAGGGGGCGCAUACUGAAGGAAACAGUGAAAGGGAAGAGAAACUUGCCAUGAUGUACGAAAGACUUAGGAUAGAGCUUCCAAGUUUCUUUACGAAAACCCAUGAUUACACCAUGUACUCAAAUGAUGUAGAAUUCAUCAAUGGACUCCUGAAUACCAAAACCAGAGGUCUUGGAGUGUACCAGUUCACUCUCUUCCUGUGGCGCUUUCUAUGUGUGUGGUACUACACCAGUCCUAAGAUGGAGGUGCUGAAGCUUACCAAGCACAUGGAGGACGGGACCAUUAAGGCUCGCUGGAGGGUCAGAGGCCUUCCCUUUCACUCUCUGCUACUGCGUCUCUAUCGGAGAGACAAAUCUCAGCUGUACAGGUCAUAUGAUGCAUUCUCUACUUUUUACAUUGGACAAGACGGACUCAUUCACUGUCAUAAAGUUGAAAAGAUAAUGCCAGCUCUGCCACCUGUCCUACCCAGAGUAACUUCUCUCAUGGCAGGGGCACUGGUUGCACUCGGGUUGCAAGAGCAUCGACCUGCCCUCAACCUGCUGCCCUUCCUCCUGUCCUCGCUAAGACAGAUCAGAAACUGACCCCAGGACAAUGAUUAGAGGAUAAACGGCCACUUGAAUCAAUGGUGUGUCCAAGGUCCAUGUGACUCUGCAAAGUUUAAUUCACUCUCAAUAGGAACACAUUAAAAUGGAUGCUUAAGAACUCAGUCUUAGAAUCUCAUAAUGUUGCCCCUGAAUUAAACAGAAAAUCAAAACAUUA